AUGAAGCUAGAUAGCUCAUUUCUCUUUGUCCUCUCUGUCCUCACAAUGAGAGCUGGCCUUAACACGGCGUUCUUCUCACUACCGCUGCCCUUGACGGGAGGUAGUUUUGGUAGGACUUUGAAGCCAAUCGCAACAAGGCUGGCAGGGCAACCGCACAUGACUGUUAUGGGGUACAACAGCAAGCCAAGUCGACAGAAUGGAAUCGCCAUCUCCAGGACAAGGAACAAGAAGCGCCAUCUCUCCCCGCGGACAAGCCCCCCCGCUCAACAGAGCGCGACGACGACGAAAUCGUCGAAGCAGAUCACAAGGAAGCUGAAGCAUCUUAUCAAAACCGACCCGGGAGAAGCAACGAGAUACUUCCAUGAGCUGCGCAGCUCAAACCUGGUUGACUCGUAUCAUUACGCCGUCAUGAUUGAGGAAGCAGAGGAUCUGCCAGGAGCCAUGGAGCUCCUGGAGGAACUGAGGGGGAGGGGCCUGCAAGAGCAGUGUGCGUGCCACAACUCGAUAUUGAAGAAGAUCUGCAUGAUGGGACAGAUGGAGGAGGCAGAGAAGUACUUCCUGCGGAUGAAGGGAGACGCGAGCAUAUCCCCCAACUACCGCACCUACUGCCACCUCAUCCUGGCGCACAGCGGGAGCAACGAGAGCAGAUGCGAGGAGCUGUUCGAGGAGAUGAGGGUUGGGAACCUUUCCUUGGGGUACGGGAGGUGGCAGGAGCUGGUGAAGGAUCUUAGGAUCAAGAUGGAGACGACCAACCUGCAGGAUAAGCUAAGAAGCUCCUUGGAGGGGCCCGUCGGGGAGUUCGAACGGCUCCUCGGGGAGGGACUGGUGGACACCGUGACCUUCAACCUCGUCCUCAACAGCAGCAAGACGGCAGAGGAGGCAGAGGAGACCUGGAGGAGGCUUCAGCUGAUCGACCUGAAGCCUGACGUCACGAGCUACAAGAUCUUCCUCAAGAUCCUGUGCUCCCACCACAAGUUCCAGCAGGCGGAGGAAGUGAUGGAGGAGGCGAUGCAGAAGCAGCUGGAGAACAACAAGAUCUUCACGCGCCUCAUCUCGAGCUACAGCGACGCGGGGAGAGGAGGAGACGCGGACAGAAUCUUCCAGCUUGCAAGGGCUCGAGGAUUUCUGAAGCAGCAUGAAACGUAUGAGUCAGUGGUACGAGGUCUGCAACUGGCAACCUACAAGAAGCUACUGCGAUCCCUCAUCGAGAUGGAAGAUCAUAACAGGGCUGUCGAUGUUUUGAUCCAAAUGCUGAAGACGGAUGUGUUGGACACGUCGUCGAUAGACUUGAUCCUUUCAGUUCCCGGCACUCACAUCGCCUACGACCUUCUGCUCAAGCUGCAAGCACAGGACAUUCAACUUGAGGCGGCGACGACAUCCCUACUCCUCAAGACUCUUUCACGGAAGAAGUCUCCGCAUGAGCUGUCGCAGCUUAUUUCUGCGUUCAAGCAUUCGCUGUGA